AAGGAGAAGCUCCUGCCGAGGGAGCGCUGGGGACGGCGCCUGCGAGGAGAGGUGCCCGCUGCUCGAGAGGCUCCUCCAGCUGUGGCCACGCUGGGGGCUGCCUGGGGACAUGGGCCCUGCUCUCCUGCUGCUCACCGCAGCCAGCAUCUGCCACGGCUUGGGAUCUCCAGUGAUCAGCCCCGACCUCCCCGCUCUGGUCGUCAACACGGGUGAUCCAGUCACCUUGCACUGCUCAGGAGAGUCCGAAGUUGAAUGGAAAAGCCGAAAGGACACAUUCAGCAACCACACCAGCAGCACACUCAGUAUUCCCAAGGCCACUUACAGGGACACAGGCACCUAUAAGUGUGCCUAUGUCAACAGCAGUGCUGAGGGCAUUGCCAGUGUGCAUCUGUUCGUGCGAGACCCCAGGAACGUGUGGUACACGCCAACGUUCCGGAUCCUGGUGACCAGGGGUGGCAAUGCUGAGCUCCCCUGCCUCAUCACAGCCCCUGAGUACGGAUCCAGCGUGACUCUCGUAACGGAUGACGCCUCUCAGCUCUCACCCGGGACCAACUAUUCUUUCAGUCCUGAGAAAGGGAUAACACUAUACAAUGUGCAAAGCAAGCAGAAGGGCUCUUACCGAUGCCAAGCUGUGGUAAACGGAAAAACAGAGAAAUCAUCAAGAAUAAGGCUGAUUGUGGAAGAAGCACUGGAGAAACCUGUGUCGGUGCUGAUGGACCCUAUAGACCAUGUGCGCAUCGUGGGUGAACCUUUCCAAGUCACUUGCAGAGUGAUUGCUCCUUCCCACAAGUACGACAUCAGAUGGGUGACAGCAGCAAAGAGCGUCAGGAGAACUAAAAAACCGAGCUUUGAGAAUGACAGCUACUUCAUCAGUGACACCGUGUCCAUUCCAGAGGUGACGGUGGAAGAUAGUGGGACCUACACUUGUGUAGCUAACAACUCAGCAGGGCUCAGGAACGCCUCGACAACGCUGAGGGUGGUAGAGAGAGGUUAUGUGUUCCUGACCCCAGUCCAAGCCACAAGCCAGGAGGUUGCUUUGGGAGAGAGUCUGGAGCUACAGGUGCACAUCGAGGCUUACCCAAAACUUCUGCACUGGGGCUGGGAGCACACAAACCCCUUGAAGAACUCUGAGACCACCACAUUCAAGGGCCAAAUGAUCUCUGGAAACAACUGGUAUAACAACACACUCCUCCUGAAUCGCCUGCAGGAGGGAGAGGGAGGGCUCUACACGUUUUAUGCCCUCAACAGUGAGACCAAUGCAUCAGUUACCUUCAGUAUUUCUGUGAAAUCUCCUCCAAGGGUCUGCAAGAUCAAGGUGCCAGCCAAUGACUCCAGCAUCCUCCAGUGCAUGGCCAUCGGUUACCCUGCCCCACGCAUCGAGUGGUACCAGUGCCCCACUCACUCAGACAGGUACAACGAGGAGUAUCGGCUGCUCCUGAAUGUCUCCAGUCCCCAGCUGGUGAGCACGUUGCCCUUCCAAGAGGUGGAGGUGGAGAGCAUCAUCCCCUUCCAGGAGCUGGGGCACAACUUCACCUUUUGCUGCGUGGCUGUUAACAGAGAGGGGAAUGCUUCUGACAUGUUUCACUCGCUCACCAUCACCAGAAAUGUCAUGGCCCCUCCAAACAAGCUCUUCAGCCCCAUUCUCUCCACCUGCAUAGGCACAUCGGUCCUGCUGCUCCUUCUACUCCUCUUCCUCCUCUACAAGUACAACCAGAAACCGAAGUACCAGGUGCGGUGGAAGAUCAUUGAGGCCUGUGAAGGGAAUAACUACAUCUUUAUCGACCCCACUCAGCUGCCAUAUAAUGAAAAAUGGGAGUUUCCCAGGAAUAAUCUCCAGUUUGGAAAAACUCUUGGAGCAGGAGCCUUUGGAAAAGUGGUAGAAGCCACUGCUUUUGGUCUGGGUAAAGAAGAUUCAGUCCUCAAAGUGGCUGUGAAGAUGCUGAAGUCAUCGGCAGACACGGAUGAGCAGGAGGCUCUCAUGUCUGAGCUGAAGAUCAUGAGUCACUUGGGUCACCACGAGAACAUCGUUAACCUGCUGGGAGCAUGUACUUAUGGAGGCCCAAUCCUUGUCAUCACCGAGUACUGUCGCUAUGGAGAUCUGCUGAAUUUCCUGCGGAGGAAGGCCGAAUCCAUAAUGAUCCAGGAUUCUGCCCUGGAUACGUCUUUAGACAGUGCUGCUGAUUACAAAAACAUUGACCUAGAGAAGAAAUACAUCCGCAGUGACAGUGGCUUCUCAAGCCAGGGUUUGGAGACAUAUGUUGAAAUGAGGCCUGUGUUGUCAUCAUCAUCAUCUUCAGCAUCGUCAGAUUCUGUGCAAGCCAGGGGGAAAAGCUCAGAGGAAGAAGAUGAAACCAGGGAGGACCUCCGUCCCCUCAGCCUCUCUGACCUGCUGCAGUUCUCCAGCCAAGUGGCCCAGGGGAUGGCAUUCCUCGCCUCAAAGAAUUGCAUCCACCGUGACCUGGCAGCCAGGAACGUGCUCAUUUCAGAUGGACGCGUAGCCAAGAUCUGUGACUUCGGCCUGGCCCGGGAUAUCAUGAACGACUCCAACUAUGUUGUAAAGGGCAAUGCUCGCCUGCCCGUGAAAUGGAUGGCCCCAGAGAGCAUCUUUGACUGCAUUUACACGGUGCAGAGUGAUGUGUGGUCUUACGGCAUCCUUCUCUGGGAGAUCUUCUCCCUUGGGAAAAGUCCCUAUCCUGGCAUGGUGGUGAACAGCAAGUUCUACAGCAUGGUGAAGCAGGGAUACCAGAUGGCCAGGCCCGACUUCGCUCCCUUGGAAAUAUACAGCAUCAUGCAGGCGUGCUGGAGCCUGGAGCCCACUCACAGACCCACCUUCGACCAGAUCGGCUGCUUCAUUCAGAAAGAACUGGACGUGCAUAAGGAGCAGGACUACACCAACCUGCCCUCCACUGCUGAGCAAGACAGUGGCUGCGAUACCUCCGGCUGCUGCGAGGAGUCCUGCGAGCAGGAGGAGAGUGGCCAGCCCCUUCUCAAGAGCAACAACUAUCAGUUCUGUUAGCUGGUACCAUCCCCCCGGGGCAGAUCCCUGUCCUUCCCCCUGGGCAGAGCCCUGGGGCACAGGCACCUUCUGCUUUGGCUCUCCUCUCUGUGCUUUCCGAGUGUGUAUCUCACUCGCUCCCUGAAAGGACAGUGCCAGUGACUCCAAACCAGGACUCAGCACAGGGGCCUCAAGAUCUUUUCUCAAGCAUGACAUUGAGCUGUUAGGGUGAUAACACGCUCCAUCUCCACAAGGCAGAGAGGUCCCCGUCCCCUGCCUCCCCCCCACGGCCCUGAGGAGGCUGUGGGGAGGUGGGAUUCUGUUUUGGGGGUUUUUAAAUACGAGUUGAAGCCCAGAAUGCGUUUCCAAGAGUCACUCCCAUGAUGACUGAAGCCUUGUGGUUAAUGAGCACGUCUUGAACUAAAUCGUGAAGCUGGAACUGCUCCCACCACCAGAAGCGGACCCUUUGUUGGUGGUCCUGCUCUCUUCCCUUUCUCAACCUGACCCUGGACAUUGCAGAGUGUUUAGAUAUAGGUAAAACCUCUACUUAGCAUUAAAUAUGCAUUAACCUCUCCACUUCCUCAUGCAACCUACCUCUGCAGCUGCUGCUUCUGCAGGGAGCGUGCGCGUGAAGCGAACAGAGAAGCCAAACCCAGGGUUAUGUGAACUUGUGCCCCAGUAGGCAGAGGGGCAGCUCUUUCUCAGGUGAAAUACAGAAAAAACAGUGCUGUUCCCUCUGAGCACUGACCACAACCCCAACCCAGGAAAGAAUGGCAGCUUGAACAGGUCUGGAAAUGAUCACCACAGCACCUGUCCUACAGAACGUCUGCAUCACUGGAUGUGUAGCAAUCACUGCCUUGGUCACAAUUACAGAUCUGCUCUUGUACAGAUUUUCCUGAGUGUAUUUUCAGUUGUACUGCUGAGGUAAUUUUUUUUUUCCAUAAGCUAGGGCCUAAUGCCCUUAAACUUUUACUUCUUGUCUGGCUCUUGUCUGGGGUUACUAGUGCUACAGCCACCCCGGCCCUUGUAGCUGUCAGGAGUAGCUGAAGAACCUUCUGAGCUUCCCCUGCCUGGGCAGGUGAGGGCUCAGGCCGAGAGCCAGCAGGGCAGGCAGCCUCUGGCCUCCUGUGAGCAGUUACACUGGGGGCCACUUCUGAUUCCAUUAAACCGAGUUUUACACUAACACCCAGUGAUUCAUUCCUCCGUACUAAAUAAAAAGCUAAUUAUUUCUGUCAGCAUUAUAAAGAAUAAAAUGAGAUGUUUAACAAAAGGAGUCUCUUCCAGAGCUUUAAGGAUUGUUCUCAGAGGGGAACAGAACAGAGCACAGGGUACUGCACUGGCCCCCCCUCCUCUCACCCCGUGACUCUGCUCCAGUCCCUCAGACAGCUCAGCACCAGUUCUCAAAACAGUUUACUUUUGUGUAAUGCCAAAACUUAUUAAAAGCAAGGUUUUCAAGCA